AGCAAGAGGACACUGCACUCCUUCAGUGUCUAAAGUCUAUAGUGUAAUCGGCUGCAACCAUGCCUGCAGACUACAGCGGCAGAUGGGUACUGGAAACCAGCAACAAAUUUGAAGACUAUUUAAAAGCAUUAAAUAUCGACUUUGCAACUAGAAAAAUUGCAAUAUCAUUGUCUCAGACCAAAGUUGUUUCUCAAGAUGGAGAUGAUUUUGAGGUCAAAACCCUGAGCACAUUAAGGAAUUAUGAGCUGCCCUUUACAGUAGGAGUAGAGUUUGAAGAGUACACCAAAGGACUAGACAACCGAACUGUUAAGAGUUUAGUCGUAUGGGAGGGGGAUAAGCUGGUGUGCACCCAGAAAGGAGAGAAGGCAAACCGUGGCUGGAAACACUGGAUAGAGGAUGGCAAACUUUACCUAGAGCUGACAUGUGAAGAUGUAGUUUGUACCCAAGUAUUCAAGAAAAAAGAAUAA